AUGGCUCGACUUACUGAAGAAGACCUCCUCCACUUUCGCCGCGAACAACAGGCCGCCCGUGAAAAAAGGAAUCCCUCAAAGUCUGUUGCCGACCAAGACACCAGCCAUUCUGGCACUGAAGUUGGUCGCCCCACUAAGAAAAAGAAAAAGAAUGAAGAACCUGCCUCUCAGAAGAAUAAAGCUUCGAACCAGACUUCUUUGGAACAAUUCAUGAACAGAAAUGAUUCGCCAGGGGCGAAUAAAGGCUGCUCCUCAAGCGCUCAGCCUGUUUGCUGGAAAAACUUGUUGAAGGAAUUUGAAGAACUGACCUCCAAUGAAGUAACUUCACUUUGGGAUUCAAAGAUAGAUUUCAACUCUUUGGUGGAAACGAACUUGGUUUUUGAGGCUGAUCGUGAGAAGAUGAGGAAGAUGGGUUUAAAAGAGGCCUGCCAAGCUAUGAUGACCAAAGGUUUAGAGAUCGCUGCAGUCGCCAAGAUGAUUGACUUAGAAUCUAACGGAUUCGAUGGCCUCGCCAAUGCCAAACUUGUUGAAGAAAAAGAAAAAGAAAUUGGGAAGUUGAAAGCAAUGUUGAAGUUGUUAGAUAAAUCCAACAAAGCCAAUGAGAAAAAAGCUGCUGAUUUGGCUGUAGAGUUUGAGAAUGCGAAGAAGACUGCUGAAGACCACAAAGCUUCUGUUCAGACACUGACUGAGGAAAAUGACAAGGUGAAAGCUGACCUCGCCCAGAUUACUACUGUUCACAACCAAACUCUGGACGAGAAUUCUAAAAUGAAAACAGAAAUUGCUGAAUUGCAAUGUUCUGUUUUGGAUCAAUUUGAGGCUGGCUUCGCCAAAGCACUAAGCCAAAUCUCCUUUCUCAAUCCUGACCUGGCGAUCAACUUGGAGGGCUCAAACCCUUAUGCUCCAAGAAUGGCUCGCCUAUCAGAGGAUGACAUCCUCCGUUUCCGCCGUGAGCAACAAGCUGCUCGCGAGAAAAGAAAUCCGGCGAAAUCCAUCGCUGAACAAAACACCAGUCAUUCCGGCACUGAAACUGACCGCCUCGCCAAGAAAAAGAAGAAGAAUGACGAAGCUGCCUCGGCCAAAAACAAGACUCCCAAUCAAACCUCUCUGGAUCAAUUUAUGAACAAAAGUGCUGCUAUCGAUAUGAACAAAGGCUGUUCAUCAAGCGCUCCGCCCCCCUGCUGGAAGAAUCUGUUAAAGGAAUUUGAAGAGUUAACUUCCAACGAAGUGACCUCACUAUGGGAUUCGAAGAUUGAUUUCAACUCUUUGGUGGAAACAAAUUUGGUCUUUGAGGCGGACCGUGAAAAAAUGAGGAAGAUCGGAUUGAGGGAGGCUUGUCAAGCCAUGAUGACGAAAGGUUUGGAAAUUGCUGCAAUUUCUAAGAUGAUUGAUCUUGAAUCUGCUGGAUUUGAUGGCCUUUCAAGCGCCAAGCUCAUCGAAGGAAAAGAAAAAGAAGUUGAGAAAAUGAGAGCCACAUUGAAGCUUUUGGAAAAAUCCAAAAAGGCUACUGACAAGAAAGCCGCGGAUCUGGCUUCAGAGGUUGAAAACUUGAAGAAAACUAUUGAGGAAAACAACACUUCCAUUCAAACAUUGACUGGAGAAAAUGAGAAGACAAGGGCUGACCUUACCCAACUGACUACUGUCCACAACCAAGUUUUAGAAGAAAAUUCCAACUUGAAAACUGAGGUAGCCGAACUAAAAUGUUCUAUCUUAGAGCAAUUUGAAGCUGGUUUCGCCAAGGCGAAAGGUCAAAUCGUUUUUCUCAAUCUUGACCUGGCUAUCAACUUGGAGGGUUCAAACCCUUAUGCACACUAUGUAAAAGACCUCCGGUCUCUUUAA